CCACUCCCCGGGGAGAGCGGGCAGCGGCGGGGCAGCGACCAGGAGGCUCCCCCACGCGCUGCGCCCGCCCCGGACGCUGGUGCCUCCGCGGCCCAUGUCCUCCGUGUCGCUGCGCUCGUCGUCCCCACUCCGGCCCCCGAAGAUGAAGAAGGAGGAGUCGUUCCUGGGCAAGCUGGGCGGUACGCUGGCGAGGAAGAAGAAGGCCCGGGAGGUGAGUGACCUGCAGGAAGAAGGCAAAAAUGCCAUCAACUCGCCGAUGUCCCCUGCCUCGGUGGACCUUCACCCUGAGGACACCCUGCUAGAGGAGAACGAGGAACGCACGAUGAUCGACCCCAACUCCAAGGACGACCCCAAGUUCAAGGAGCUGGUCAAGGUCCUCAUCGACUGGGUCAAUGACGUGCUGGUGGAGGAGCGGAUCAUUGUCAAGCAGCUGGAGGAGGACCUCUACGACGGCCAGGUGCUGCAGAAGCUCUUGGAAAAACUGGCCGGCUGCAGGCUGAACGUGGCCGAGGUCACGCAGUCGGAGAUCGGGCAGAAGCAGAAGCUGCACACGGUGCUGGAGGCCGUGCGCGACCUGCUGCGGCCGCACGGCUGGGCGCCCCAGUGGACCGUGGACGCAAUUCAUGGGAAGAACCUGGUGGCCAUCCUCCACCUCCUCGUGUCCCUGGCCACACACUUCCGGGCGCCGAUCCGCCUCCCCGAACAUGUCUCCGUGCAAGUGGUGGUCGUGCGGAAGCGGGAAGGCCUGCUGCACUCCAGCCACGUCACGGAGGAGCUGACCACGACCACCGAGAUGAUGAUGGGCCGGUUUGAGCGGGACGCCUUCGACACCCUCUUCGACCACGCCCCGGACAAGCUCAACGUGGUGAAGAAGUCCCUCAUCACCUUCGUGAACAAGCACCUGAACAAGCUGAACUUGGAGGUGACGGAACUGGAGACCCAGUUUGCAGAUGGCGUGUACCUGGUUCUGCUGAUGGGCCUGCUGGAGGACUACUUCGUGCCCCUGCACCACUUCUACCUGACCCCCGACAGCUUCGACCAGAAGGUCCACAACGUGUCCUUUGCCUUCGAGCUGAUGCUGGACGGAGGGCUCAAGAAACCCAAGGCGCGGCCCGAGGACGUGGUGAACCUGGACCUCAAAUCCACCCUGCGGGUUCUUUACAGCCUGUUCACCAAGUACAAGAACAUGGAGUGACCUCGGCAGGGACGCCCCUGCGCCCCUGCUCCGGCAGGGCCUCCGGCUUCCCUCACGGCCCCGUUACGCCCCCUCCGU